AUGUCAGCCCCAUCGCCCCCGUUAGAAGACCCCGCGUCAGCUAUUCCAGAGCGCGCAGGGAGCUCCCCCCCACCCACAUCGCCGCAAGCUUCGACGGAAGACAAACAUGACACCAACCAAAGCAAGCAAGUGAACGAGAAACAAGUUCCAAAAUCCAUGACAGAACAACCAGAAAAAAAUACGCAACAUUCAGAAGUAAGCGAAAUAGCCGAAACAGACGAUGCAGCUGCGCCGCCAUUGCCUGAUGAAGUCCCUCCACCACUGCCAGACGAGGCCCCGCCAGCGAAGCCCGAGGACGAUGGAUGGGAACCCGCCUGGGAUCACAUCGCGCAGAAAUACUAUUUCUACAACCGUUUCACCGGAGUUUCGCAGUGGGAUAACCCCCGUGUGCCCCAAGCCUCUGUCCCAGCGGCACCAGGCACAGAAGAAACGAGCCAGGAGGAAGCGCCCCGAAAGGCACCCGUACUUGGUGGAUACAACCCAGCCAUCCACGGUGACUACGAUCCAACCGCACCAUACGCGCAGCAGUAUGAAGAACAUGAGCCCGAGUCAAGUGCAGCAGGCCAGGAUGCGGCCGCCGCAUACGCCGCAACUGGCGCAUUCAACCGCUUCACCGGUAGAUGGCAAGCGGAAGGAAUCAACCCUGAGAACCACAAUGACGAAAACAAGUCUCGGCGACAGAUGAAUGCUUUCUUUGACGUCGAUGCUGCAGCGAACAGCCACGACGGCCGCAGUUUGCGGGCGGAGCGUAGCGCCAGGAAGUUGACAAAGGCAGAGCUGAAGCAGUUCAAGGAAAAGCGCCGCGAAAAGAAAGAGGAGAAACGGCGUGCCUGGUUGAGGGACUAG